AUGUCGUCAUCAUCCGCCUCCUCUAAGUCGACCAACUCAUCGGUGUCAAACACCGACCCAGCGAACACCUCCCCAGAUGACCGUGAGGAAUCUUCAAACGAAUCCGACGAUGAGGGAAAUUCCGUGGUGAAGUCUCCGGGCGAGAAAGCUGCCAUAGAUGAUAUCUGGUUUCAAGUCUUGUGGAUACUCAAGCUCGGUUCCGACGAUAUCGAAUAUCUUCAGGCCGAGGUUGGCAAGCUGCUAGGAACGUCACCUCAUUGGCACGAGACGGUGUUUUCUAUUCCCACAAAGGGUAAAGAGGGACGUCGCAUGAUUUCCCUGCGAAAGUGCAAGGCACGGCUUCGAAACCACGUUGCGGUCUACAACAUGGUGGCCGCCGCGGAAGCCCUACGGAAUGCAGACGACGACACACUCCAGUGCCUUUUUGAAAACAGACUAGAGCCACUCGAGUGGGUUAGGGAGUGGCUGGAGCUUUCCGAUCUCGUCUUUCGCCGCAUCGUGGAUGCGGACAGCCAGAAGCGUGGUGUGGGGAAAGAGGAAGAUACUCGGCAAAUAUUCAAAAAGAUAUUCGAUGAGAAAAAGGUGUUCAGGACACCUAAGGAGCCAUCCUACUCGGGAAUAGAUGAGUACAAGCACAGAAGUCAGGGGCACAAGAUCACAAAGAACAAAAAGAAAGUGAUCGACGAAUGGCGCUACCCUGGUUGGCUGAAGGGCAAGUGGCCUCCGCACAGAUUAAUUCUUCGCUUUUACACCGGUAGUCACUUGAUCACCAUGAAUGCCCUUUACCUCGAGUAG